UGUGAUAAAGCCUUUCCAACACCCAGUCAUCUUCAAUAUCAUAAAAGAACCCAUACUGGAGAGAAACCCUAUGAAUGUCAUCAAUGUGGUCAAGCCUUUAAAAAAUGCAAUCAUCUCCAACGUCAUAAAAGAACCCAUACUGGAGAGAAACCCUAUGAAUGUCAUCAAUGUGGUAAAGCCUUUAAAAAAUGCAGUCUUCUCCAACGUCAUAAAAGAACACAUACUGGAGAGAAACCAUAUGAAUGUAAUCAUUGUGGUAAAGCCUUUGCACAACUCAGUAGUUUAAAAUGUCAUCACAGAUCACAUACUGGAGAGAAACCCUAUGAAUGUAAUCAAUGUGGUAAAGCCUUUUUACAACACAGUCAUCUCAAAUGUCAUAAAAGAACACAUACUGGAGAGAAACCCUAUGAAUGUAAUCAAUGUGGUAAAGCCUUUGCACAACACAGUAGUUUAAAAUGUCAUUACAGAACACAUAUUGGAGAGAAACCCUAUGAAUGUAAUCAAUGUGGUAAAGCCUUUUCAAAACACAGUCAUCUCCAAUGUCAUAAAAGAACACAUACUGGAGAGAAACCCUAUGAAUGUAAUCAAUGUGGUAAAGCAUUUUCACAACACAGUCUUCUCCAACGUCAUAAAAGAACACAUACUGGAGAGAAACCCUAUGAAUGUAAUCAAUGUGGUAAAGCCUUUGCACAACUCAGUAGUCUAAAAUGUCAUCACAGAACACAUACUGGAGAGAAACCCUAUGAAUGUAAUCAAUGUAGUAAAGCCUUUGCACGUCACAGUUGUCUCCAAUAUCAUAAAAGAACACAUACUGGAGAGAAACCCUAUGAAUGUAAUCAAUGUGGUAAAGCCUUUUCAGGUCACAGUCAUCUCCAAUAUCAUAAAAGAACACAUACUGGAGAGAAACCCUAUGAAUGUAAUCAAUGUGGUAAAGCCUUUGCAAUUCACAAAGUUCUCCAAUAUCAUAAAAGAACACAUACCGGAGAGAAACCCUAUGAAUGUAAUCAAUGUGGUAAAGCCUUUGCACGACUCAGUAGUUUAAAAUGUCAUCACAGAUCACAUACUGGAGAGAAACCCUAUGAAUGUAAUCAUUGUGGUAAAGCCUUUGCAGGUCACAGUAAUCUCCAACGUCAUAAAAGAACACAUACAGGACAGAAACCCUAUGAAUGUAAUCAAUAUGGUAAAUAAAGCCUUUGCAGGUCACAGUUGUCUCCAAUAUCAUAAAAGAACCCAUAAUGGAGAGAAACCUUUGAAACGUAAUCAAUGUGAUAAAAGACUUUUCACAAAGUUAUUGUCUCUAUAAUCAUAAAAGAACCCAUAUUCGAUAGAAACCUUACGAAUGUCGUCAGUGUGCUAAAGCCUGUGCAUAUCCCACUCAUCUUCAAAACGUUAAAGAUUCCACACUGGAAAGAAACCUCAUAAAAGCAAUCAAUGUGGUAAAUAAAGACUUUUUACAACUCUA